CCGGGAUAAGGGCCUGCCCCGCGCCGCGCGCCCGCUGCUCCCCGCGUCCCCGGCCCGGCCAUGGUGGAGGCCUGGUACAUGGACGAGUCGGCCGGCGACCCGAGGCUGCCCCACCGCGGCGAGCCCUGCCGCCGGGUCGGCCUGGAGCAGCUGCGCCGGCUCGGGGUUCUUUACUGGAAGCUUGAUGCUGACAAAUACGAGAAGGAUCCAGAGUUAGAAAAGAUCCGGAAAGAGAGGAACUAUUCCUGGAUGGACAUAAUAACGAUAUGCAAGGAUAAACUACCGAAUUACGAAGAAAAGAUCAAGAUGUUCUACGAGGAGCACCUGCACCUGGACGAGGAGAUCCGCUACAUCCUGGACGGCAGCGGCUACUUCGACGUGAGGGACGCCGAGGACCGGUGGAUCCGCAUCUCCAUGGCGAAGGGAGACAUGAUCACCCUCCCCGCGGGCAUCUAUCACCGCUUCACGCUGGACCAGCAGAACUACGUGAAGGCCAUGCGGCUGUUUGUGGGGGAACCGGUGUGGACGGCGCACAACCGGCCGGCCGACCACUUCGACGCUCGCAGGCAGUACGUGGAAUUUUUGGCGCAGUCGGCGUAGCGGCUCCCUGGGCUCGCUCGCCCUUCGCGCUGGGGACGCCCUGCGCGUGGUCACAGCAGAACACUGUCCCUCUUGCUCUGCCGCCGUCGACGGGGCAGGAGAGCUGGCCUCUGCGAGCUCAUCUGAUCCUCGGGUGUUUUGAUGAAAGGAGCUUUUCCUACCAGUGAUUUUUACAUGUUAGCAGCUUUGGGAUGUGGGCAAAUCACACUGUGCCUGAUUCGAGCUCCAUGUGUCCGCGCGCUUGAUUUUGACCCAACGAAGCGUCUCCCAGAUGUGAGCGCCGCGCCGGACCCGGGGCUGGGACGGUGGCAGGUGUCACGGGCAGGCGGCCGGUCAGCUCGGGGACACUCUCCUCCCAGAACUGGGUGGAGACUGUGGUCGGGGGCGAGCUCUCACAUUCGUGGGGACACUCACUUCCUCGUUGGGCACGAGGGAGCUGCCCCGUUCUGUGCUCUGGGCUCGGAGCCCGUAUUCAGGAAAGUGGCGCAUUAAAGCCGCCGUCAGAUACUU